CUCCUCCCUCGCCCUCCCACGACGCCUCCCUCCCUCCCUCCUUGCGCGCGACGACUCCACACGCGAAGCGAGGCGUCGCGCAUCUAGAUCCGCGCCGCCAAGCUGACUAUUGGAACCCACGCCUUCUUCGCUCCGCGGUGUCAUCAUUACACGAACGUCGCGAGGAGCGCUGCUCCGUCUUCUUCUGCUCGUACUCGUUGGGGAGGCGGGAGCGGGAGGGCAACGUAGGCAAUGGCGGCGGCGAGGAGGGAUGCGGGAGUCCUCGCGCUCUUCGACGUCGACGGCACCCUCACAGCGCCGCGCAAGGUGGUGACGCCGGAGAUGCUGGAGUUCAUGAAGCAGCUGCGCGAGCAUGUGACUGUCGGCGUGGUGGGCGGAUCCGAUCUGGUGAAGAUUACUGAGCAGCUCGGCAAAUCAGUUAUUACUGAUUACGAUUACUGCUUCUCUGAAAAUGGCCUGGUUGCGCACAAGAACGGCCAACUAAUCGGAACUCAAAGUUUGAAAUCAUUUCUUGGAGAAGACAAGCUGAAGGAAUUCAUUAACUUCACUCUUCAUUACAUUGCUGACUUGGAUAUUCCAAUUAAAAGGGGUACGUUCAUAGAAUUCCGAAGUGGAAUGAUUAAUGUAUCUCCUAUAGGGAGAAACUGUAGUCAAGAAGAACGUGAUGAAUUUGAGAAGUACGAUAAGGUGCAUAACAUUCGGCCUAAAAUGGUGUCAGUGCUUCGUGAAAAGUUUGCACACUUGAAUUUGACAUUUUCUAUUGGAGGGCAGAUUAGUUUUGACGUAUUUCCCCACGGCUGGGACAAAACUUAUUGCUUGAGAUAUCUUGAGGAAUUUCAAGAAAUCCAUUUCUUUGGGGAUAAGACUUACAAGGGUGGCAAUGAUCACGAGAUUUUUGAAUCUGACAGAACAAUUGGUCAUACAGUUACCAGUCCCGAUGACACAGCACAGCAAUGCAGAUCUCUCUUCAUGUCGAAGUGAUCUCCAGCCUAUUUCGCCAUUUAUUUUACUUUAAAUUUACCGUGUGUCCUAAUUUAAAAUAACGGCCUAUAGAUCUUUCAUUGUAUUAAUUUUCGUUCUACAUUUUUCAUAACGGUUACAUGCCAUCAUUUUGCUUCCAAGUUCAAACGGAUUGUACUGCUCCAUAUUUACGAAUUUCAGCUUGUAUGUAUACAUCUGUAUUUAUAUUUUUAUAAAAUGAACGAGUUAAUAAAACGGUUACCGUGCAAA